AUGAGUUACUCUUUUUUCAUGGAGAACAAAUGGAUUCUUCCUCUAUUUGUCUCCUUGAUUAUAACUCUUCUUAGCUUAGCUGCAGCAGCUAAGCCAGCACUGCCACCAGUCUUCAUAUUUGGUGAUUCAACUGCAGAUGUUGGCACCAAUAACUUCUUGCCGCAUAGCAUGGCAAGAGCUGACUUUCCCCCAAAUGGCAUUGACUUUCCUGGCGGUCCAAACCCCACUGGAAGGUUCAGCAAUGGCCUCAACAGUGCUGAUUUCCUUGCGCGGCUUUUUGGUUACAAAAGAAGUCCAAGCCCCUUUCUUUCCUUUAAAUAUUCUUCUCUUCAAAAGAAGAUGUUUAAUGGUAUCAACUUUGCUUCUGGAGGGUCUGGUCUUCUUGAUAUAACUGGUCGGACUAUGCUGACAUUGAUGAAGUUUGGAACUGGAAAUAUUCCACUUGGUGUAUCAUUCAGAAACCAGCAAAAACAUGUCAUCUCAUUAACAGAUCAGAUGCAUCAAUUUUCAUCUGUCAAGAACAACCUUACGACCUUGAUGGGUGUGAAACCAACUGAAAAGUAUCUUAAAGGGUCUUUGAUCUUCAUCAGCAUUGGCAGCAAUGACCUUUUUGCAUACUACCAUUCAAAGAGUUCCAUUCCGAAGGAAGACUUCUUGUGCUCUUUGGAACUGGCUUAUGAGAACCACUUGAAGACUCUAUACGAUCUUGGAGCAAGGAAGUUCGGGAUCAUCAGCGUUGCGCCAAUUGGCUGCUGUCCAUCUCAGAAAAUUUUCAAUGCUACUGAAGGUUGUUUGGAGGAGUUGAAUGAGUAUGCAAUUGCCUUCCAUUUAAAACUGGAAGCCCUCUUGUGCAAGCUCAGCACCGAAUACGAAGACUUUAUGUACUCCCUUGGAAAUUCAUAUGAAAUGACAAUAAAUGUCAUACAGAACCCUCUUCUAUUCAAUUUUACAGAAGUGGAAUCUGCUUGUUGUGGAUCUGGGAAGUUAAAUGCUGAAUCAUUCUGCAAACAAGGUUCUAAUCUUUGUUCAGAUCGCAACCAGUAUUUAUUCUGGGAUCGAUUCCAUCCAUCACAAGCUGCUUCCAAGUUGGCUGCCAUCACCCUCUUCAGUGGUGGACAACCAUUUGUAUCCCCAGUUAAUUUUUAUCAGUUGGCCAUGGCUUAG